GGAGAUCAACUGCUGGUGCAAAAGUGAACAGUGAUGCAUACAUACACACCAGACCAGACACAAGGCCGGGGGUCCCAUGAUGUGCUACAUCGUCACAGCGCUAUACCGGUGGCCCACACAUGUACACAUCGUUGUGCCGUGUGCCGUUCCCAUUUCUGCAUGCCAUGCAGGAGAGAUACCUUGCUUCCGAAAGCCCUUUUCCUUCUGGCCUCAAAGUUCCGAGGGAAAAGCACACAGCAAAAAAUAAUGGCACGCUACAGACCCUGCUAGCUCUCUUAUUCAAGACGAGCACGUACGCACAUAAACGCAUGUACAAUACAAUAAAGACGAGCACCGGCCAGCAUAGCAGCCAUAAUAUGAUUUUAUUUCUUCACAAUGUAGAAGAUAUAUAUAGUACAAACUAAACAUUUGGAUCGAGACAGCUAGUCUGUUCGGCAUUUUUUUUUGACACAGCAAGAAAAGAACAGAAACACAAGAUGGAUAUGCAAUCUAUCGUCGUUGAUACGCUUCAUUAUUUCUAGAACACGUUUGCUAUUUAGAUAAUGGCACUCCUAACAUAGUGCAGUCCUACACAACAAACAUAAACAAGACAUCGAACUGAAAUGCUAGAAACCUCAAAACGUAAUAAUGUUCGUAAAACUCCAACCAAAAAUGAGAGAAAAUUUGCAUAGACACUGCUUUCAUCCGUCGAUAUGUCUUCUUGAUUAUCUCCUUGUCUUCGUUCUCUGCAAAUGUCUAUAAAACCUAAGCCAAUGAGUCAUAGGAUCAAUGGAGGAGACUAGUACAUCAUGCAUGUUUUUACGUGUGCGGGUGCGUGUCCGGGUGCGAGCGAGCACAGAGCCUGAGCAAGCUAGCAAGCUACCACAAGGCGAGGCGUUGAAACCUUGAAGGUAAGGUAUAGAGGCCUCACUGUCAGGACUCAGGAGGGGGUCUUGUCAGGCUCUGGCCUCCCCUCUUCUCUCUCCUGUCACACUCAAGCUAGAAGGACCCGUCCUGGUCCUGGUCCUGGAUGAUCAGUGUAGUGCACUGUUCUUGGAGACGACAUGAGAAAAGAAAGUCUGCACUGCCCAACCGCACGGCGCCACGGCCGAUGCCUGCCUUUGCCCCGUUGCCGGCCGGGGCGCCAGACGGCCGGACCGCGCGCGCUCUCAAUUAUGCGCGCCCGCAGGCAGGCCCGGCACACCACGCCCCCUACCGAGCUAUAGCCGCUAGCUAGCUACUAGCUCUCAAAUGAUUGCAUGAUCAUGCAGCAACAUGCAUGUACGUAAACGCCGCUAAUUAACCAGUCGUCAUUAGUAGCCUAGUAGUCAGCAAAACGACUUCAGCGUUGCAGCAACGACCUCUCCAGGUCCAGCUGGAUCGACAUCUCAUCGUCGCAUGCUAGCUACUCACAGCAAAUAAAGCGGGAGCAGAUCUGGAGCUGGGAAAGAAAACGAGCCACUCGCGCGCGGGAGUUGCUGAUGAAUGACCAUGUAGAGAAAGUGAGGCUAGCUGAGAAUUUAUGUGCUCGAGUCUCAAGAUAGGUUAGCUUACCGGCCGAUGCGGUGUACUUUGUCGGACACCGCCGAGAUCCAGAUGACCUAAUGCCGCAUGGUUAAAGGGAUUGAAGCCUGGUCCGAGAUCUCCGGUCGACGACAGCUCCGGCGCCGGCAAGGCCGUCUCGACCGGAGACACCGAGCCAGACAACAAUCCCCCUAACCCAAUCCGAGCAUGAUGAGGCAGUACGUAUGCAUGAAAUUAUCUGGCUGGCUAUCCCUAGCUACCUGAUAUAUGUUUGUAAGAGAACUAUAGCUGGUUGCUAGCUACUAGAACUCUAGAAGAACCAUGAGCCGAGAUAGGUAAGACACCAUGGAUGCACCGGUUUGCGAGGAAUGAAGCCUGGUCCGACGCCUCGAUCUGUCCGGCCGACCGGUAGCAGGCAAAACGACCGGCAACAGCAGGCUAGGACGCGGAUGCUGCCUCGAGCCAGCCAACAUUCCCCACAAACCCCCAUGACGAAGGAGCUGAAGUGAUGAUGCGAAGUGGAUCUGAGGAGCAUAUAUAUAGACAGAGAAGAAACUAGCUAGGUUCGUGAGAGCAAGCUGCACUGCUUGCUUCAGGAUGGUGGUGGAAGAAAGGAGGAGCUAGGAGCUGC